GGGAAUUCUAUCAAAUAAGAUUUAAAGUAAAUAAGAUGUUGACUUUGGUUUAUUCGAUGAAUUUCUUUGUACUUUAGAACGAUAUUUGUCGGCCUCAAGUUAUUAGAUUGUAUUAUCAUUAAUAGACUGACAAUUGUGGAGCUGAAUAGUGUUUAAAAGUUUUUAAAAAUCCUUUUUUGACGGCAACAUGUUGGAAUCUUCUUUCACGAAUACGUGCUUUAUUUUAGAUUUCCAUUUCAAUUUUUGUUACUUAUAAGCGAGAUAGUGCUUUUUAUUCAAUUUUAUAAUUCGAAAAAUCAUGCCGCCUAAAAAUAAUGGUUCAUCACAAGUCACAACCGAGGUCUGUAAGAAGUUAUUCUACUACUUCUAGUUCAACAUCAAGCAGACAACCAGGAACUGACAAUUCAAACAGAGCAGAAGUUAUUGUUGAUAGAAGACGAAAGAAACGAAGAAAAUCUCGCGCCUUGCAAGAAAUAAAAUUCUUCAGGCGAACAACAAAAUUGCUUAUACCGAAAGUUCCAUUCGUUCGAUUGGUUCGAGAGAUUAUAUACGACUUAUUUCCAAGAUUGGGAAUUAAGAGGAUUCAAGUACCUGCCCUUGGAGCUUUGCAAGAAGCUGCUGAGAUGUACAUAGUACAAUUUUUUGAGGAUGCCAUUCUUCUAGCAUUUCAUGCUAAGCGAGUUACACUGAUGCAAAGAGAUAUGGUCAUGUUACGACGUCUUCGAGGACGUGAUGAUGUUAUUAAUAGAUAGUAAAUAUAUAUUAACAUUAUUUUAUAUCUUUGACCUCUAUUGAUAACAAAAUUAUAAACUAUAUUCGAACAGAAAAUAGGAUUAUAUAUCAACAUUGCG